AUGGCUUCUGCGGAUAACCACUGGGGUACGCUGAUAAAUUCAGACAAAAGCCCAGCCCCGCUGCUGGAACAGCUAUGUUUGGGGAUCGCACAGUUGAUGUCCUCCUUUGAUUCCAACGGCACCACUGAUAUCACCCCCGACAGACUCGCUGCCUUUUACCGCAAAGUCGGCGGCAACUACGAUCCGUUAUUCCUUGAGACCAAGACACAAGCCCUGUCAUUCAUCUACCAGUCCCUAGGAUGUUUCCACAGCCUACAACCCUCCACCAAUCCUUAUGAACCCCCAUCAAUUCCGUCACUACUCCCAAGUGGCUUCGUGCGAUGGCAGACAAUACAACUGUUGAUGGACCCAGAUGAACACUCGGUGUAUUUGCAGAACGCGGUCGAGCUUUGGGAUAUUGUAGACGCAAAUGGCGAGAUAUUUCCAAAGACGAUUCCUCGAGAUGCAUUUCCUUCCGAGCCCGACCCAGAGAUGCUAGAAUGGCAUGAAGGCGUGAGUCGACGAUUGGAACGUGAUUAUUUGAAAAGACACACGAAGCGUGCUUCGCCGCCAGACUUUGGGUCAUAUCAUUAUCAUUUUAGUGGCAAGGAUCCUCUACCCGACGAAGAUGAUUACUUCUCCCGUCCACGCCGGGCGGCGUCAAAGCGUCAGAGUUAUGCGCAACCCGAUCAGCCCAGCGACCAUCGCCAUCACCGCCGACACCACAGCGGAGAAUAUCCUGCCUUCACAGCACGCAGACCUGGAGCAAAUCGACCGGGAUUUUCAACCCCAAGAGUUUCGUCACCUCCACCAUGGGGAGAGCGAGAGCGUCCGGCCCGUUCAAGCAGACGAGACCAAGCUGGCCGGCACAGCCAUCCACUGAGCCCCGAGACAGGUGAGGUUUCAGAUGUCUCUGACGUGUCUUCAGAUGAGUCUGCACGCCACCGAAAGGAUCGUUCGAAAUCCAAUAGGCACCAAGAACGACGUCAUCUCUCACCACCUUCAAACAGUAGUGCCAGACGCCACUCCCAUGAAGCCUACACUCGCAGACCAUUCCGAGAUCUGUCUCCUACAAGUUCUACCCGACAGCGCCGCUCGCACGAAAGUCACCCUUCGCGAUCGAGUAAAUCACACUCUGAGCCUUCGCCAAAGGUUCACCCGAGAGACCACGCAAGGGAUUAUCCAAGAGAUAGGGAUCAUCCGAGAGAUUACCCAAAGGAUCAUCCAAAAGACCGUUCUCGAUCACGUACCGCUGGUGUCAAAUUCCGCGAAUUCAUAUUCGGUGAUACGGCUCCUGCUCCAGCUGCUCCAGAUCCACCAUUCUACAGGCCACCAACUCCCCCUCCGCCGAGAGCGGUACCUAGACAUUUGGGAACUUACGCCGCAGAUGAUAUGAGAAGAGGAAGCUACAGUGGUGGCAGUACGGGCAAUAGCCGACCUAGUAGCGGAGGAAGUGGAUCUGAGCGGCAGCGAUCAUACAGCAGUGCUGGAUUCCACCCCCGCACAACCGGAUGGGCAAGCCCUCGGACUUCCGCUUCAAAGCGAUAUAACCAGGCGGCUAUGCCUGAGGAUGACAGAUACGUUCCCUCACGGAGGGUCCCCAUUUACGAAUAA